CAACAUGAGAAUGACUCUUUUGGUUCCUUUGACAUUCUAAAGUGUAAUGAAAAUGAUUUUUGCAGUACUUUGCCAGCAGAAAGAGCCUUAUUAAACCACUCCCAUAACUCUCGAGUGGGUGUGGAGAUGUUAGUUGCUCCUAGUUCUGUGCAUGGAGUGGUGAACAUUCCAUCUGGAACUGGAAGUGGCAUUGGAUCCACCAACGAAAGUAUUCCGAAAUUCUGUGUUAUGUUCUCUAACAUCAAGGAUGAUAGCAGUGUCUCUAGAAUUUGUUGUGCCACUAAAACUUGUAUGGUUCAGUGCUCUUUGCCUGCUCAGACAGAGUUUGUCAUGCAUAGAGUUUCACAUGCUCUUAAACUGGAAAAACAGCUUUUACCGAAGGAGAAGGUUUGUGUAUUUUUUUCAUUGGUUCUUCUCAACUUCUGUACAGCUACAUCCAAGAACUGCUCUAUGCUUGGGGAUUUCAUACUCUGUUUAAAGUUGUUUGCUGAACACAUAAAUGAAGUGAUGUCUGAUGCCGAGGCAAGAAGUGUAGUGGCUGAAUGUUUGGAUGAAUUGCUUAGUUUAAUUCAAGAUUUUCUUAUAGAGGGGCGAGUUAUGUUGUUUGCUGCUCUGUCUUCACAGACUUCUGUUGAAUGUGAUUCAAGAAGACAUGUCUUUAUUAAUGGUUCAGAUGUAGUAUUUACACAUGAAGCUGCUUCAGCUGAUCUGUUGGUGGCCAGUAGCAUUAUAUUGGGUUCGAUUUGUGCAGCUGCUGGCCGUGCUGGCUUUCUGUGUGAAGCUGCAUAUAACAUUUUCCGGAUGCACAGAUAUGGUACCUCGGUGGUACUGGUUGUUCUUCAUGUGUUUGCCUAUGUGGGUGGCGAUAAGAUGUUUACCUUAAGAGAUUAUAGUUCAACAAUGACUGUAUUGAAAUCGAUCGUUGUGUUCCUUGAAAGUGAAUGUGCACUGGUGGCUGUAAGGACUCAUUCGCUGGUGGGUGAUGUUCUGUCUCAGUUCCAUGAACGUGUUGGCUGCCCAUUUUCUAAGGAUGCCCUUUCUGUAGAUAAUGUUGUCUUAUUACUCUUUACAAAGUUUCAGAAUUAUGCCCAGUCGGGAAUCAUGCAUCAAAAUCUGACAGCAAAUUCAAGUUCCGUGUCCAUUGAGGAUAUGGAUGUAUACUGUUGUUUAGAUAAGUGCAGUUUGGCUAGUGAACAGUUAGGAUCAGUUGUCACUGGAACUGUGUGCGACAUUAUUGAUGUCUUAUCAUUGAUGGAGCUGCUUGCAUGUAAUAUGAGCUGGAACUGGAUAUGCAAUAAAAUCAUUGGCCAGCUGUGGAGUAUGUUGGAGUCAUCUGCUCAUGAGAACAUCACCGUUGCCGGCAUUAUUCUUCUUGGUCAACUUGGAAGGAUCGGAGUUGAUACUGUUGGAUAUGAAGAUAAAGAGGUUGAAAACUUGAGAGCAAAGCUGCAUGCUUUUCUGUUGCGGGAGACUACUAUUAGAGCCGGUCUUCCCAUCCAGCUCGCGACCGUUACUGCUUUGCUUGGACUUGUACCCAUCGACUUUGAGAAUGUUGAGCUUGCAGUCAUGUCAGGUCAGUUUGUUCUUGCAGAUGUUUUAAGAAAGUGGUUGCCUUUCUUGACAGAAGAACAGCGAGCAACAUCGAUUAGGCUUUUCAAGUCUAUUGACUGAAAUAGUUGCAUCAUGGAAAGUUUGAUAUGGAGCAAGCUGCAAUAGUUUUGAAAUCGGGGACACAUUUUUGGUAAAAAUGUAUAAUUU